GCCGCUGAGAAAAUGAAAACAUUGAAAACAAUCCGACGAGAAGAACUUGUUGGUGAAUGGUAGUUUUAAGAAUUUCACAAUUUUCGGAUUUUUAAAUUAAUAAUUAUAUAUUUUUGGUGUACUUAAAAUUAUAUUUCCUGUUUUACACGUGACCACUUACAGUUAGUACGUUAGUACAAUUUUGUAUAUGACAUGUACGUUUGUUACUUCAGAUAACAAACAACAACUAAUAUUUAAUCAGAAAAAAAAGUAAUCGAAAUGUUGUUGAAGAGUAAUCCAUAAUGUCUGAACACAGGAAACAUUCUAGGAUCUCGGUGAUGCAAAUGUUUCAUGAGCUCAAACAGCAAUUUCCAACAGUUCCAGAUCAAGUAGUUUCUGAUUGUAUACUUAAGCAUUCAACUAACCGAGAAGCUUGUGUAUCAAAUCUAAAAAGUGUUCAGAAAAAUUAUGUUCAACAAACUUAUCCAUCUGACAUUGUAGAUAAAAUGGCUAACAGGCCCAAGUCUCUUGAAAUGUCACAAAAUAAUCUUUCCUUGCCUAAAUUACAAUUUUUAAAUAGACCACAACAGUUAGAUGGAACUAAAGAUUCAAUAAAUUCAAAUAGAAGUGAUAUAGAUAAUACACAAAUUUUAGAUAUAGAUUUUAAUAUAAAUAGAUGUCAAUGUUCAUCUGUUUCGGCACCAUCAACUCCUUCACAACAACAUCAAGGAGAAAAUAGACACAAAUCUUGUCUUUCAUUAGAUUCUGUGCCAUUUGUUGAUACACAGUGUCGACCAUUCACUUCUGUAAGCCUUACCUUAAGAACGCCUACUAAAGAUCCUUUACCUCCUUUAGAUUUAUCAGCCGGUGGAGGUUCUGAACUCACAUAUACAGCUUGUUCAUUUGAUCCAACUACUGACCCUAAAAAUUGUUAUCAAUCAAGACUUCAUAUAAGUAUAGACCCCGAAGGUGAAACAACUGUGACUACUUCUCGUGUUAUGGUAUCCCCAACAAAUAUCAAAUCUAUUAAUCGGAUGACUGAAAUUCAACUUCCUGGACCAGUUCAAAUUGAUAAUAUUUUACCUAAAACUAAAAUGGUAAUUAAUGCUCAAUUAGAACGAAAACAAAAGUUGGCUUCAGAAUUAUUAGCUGAAAAACAAAGACUAGAAAUCAUGAAAAAAAAUGUGGCAUUGAUGGAAGAAGAUAUUUCUAAAAGACGUUCAUAUUCCAGAAAGAUUGAACGUUUAAGGAAUGAUGUUGAAUUAUUACGAAUAGAAUGUAACAAAUUAGCUGUUCAAGUUGAUACAGCAUCAGAAAAUCAAGUUCCAUUGGACACAACAAAUAAACAAUUUUAUAAUAAAAUUUAUACUGGACAAAAAAUUUCUUUUGGGAAAAUGCACAAAGAAUAUCAAGAACAUUCAGAAAACCAAAACUGGGUUUGUCCUAUGUGCACAUUCCAAAAUCAUCCAAUAUUGCCAAGAUGUGAACAAUGUGAUAUGGCUCGCUUCGAUCUAGGAAAACCACAGCCAUAUCCUGGAAAUAUUCAUGUAAGAGUUACACAUCGAUUAAAUCAUCAAAGAAAAACUACAAGUUUGUACUGAAGUAUUGAUUUUGGAUGUUUGUUGAACUAAAUCAUCAGUGUCUUCAGUUGAUUGGACGAAAUAAAAUGUCACCUAAUGCCUUUAAUGUGAUAUUUAAAAGUAUAGGGUUAUUUUUUUUAUUUUGCAUUUUAUUUUACAUUACAAGUACCUAAUCUGAAAUAUAUAGGUAUUCAUAGAGGAUUUGAUAAUUGCUCAUUUAUACUGUUAUUAAAAAUUAUCAAUCCUCUAGAUACACUCUGUAUAUGUUAAAAAUAAUUUUGUAUAC